AACCUUUAACAAGACAACAAGAUCUUAAAUAUUCGAAUGCGUCAUGGAAAUGAGACGGAGAGGAGGAGAGAGUUACAGAAAAAAACGGGCAAAACGGGGUCGGCAAAUGGGUAACAACAUCACUUAAAAGCAAAGAAAAAAGCAAGGGAAUAUGCAUAAACCUGCACCCAUAACAAGCGCCUGUAGUAGGCAGUAGCGACAUUCGAAAUUUCGAAAAAAAAUGAAAGAAACAAAAACUCACGCAGAUCAAGAAGAAAAUUCGAGCUGCUAGAGGCAGAGAUGUAUUUGUUGUAGUUAUAUGAAAACCGUAAUAUUACUUAUUAUUCACGAGACGAACCGACACAGACAGAGAGCAGAAAGUAAAAGCAGAUGCAGGUGCAACAGUGCAGAAGUAGGUGCGGGACGAUGCAGCGCGAAAAGACGGGCGGGGCAGGAUAAUGAAACAUCGAUCCUUGCUAAUAAGGGGGAGGGUUGCGUCACAGUGUGCUUUUGGGCUGUCUAAUGAUUGGCUGGAUGGAACUGAGCGAAACUGGAGAAAAAUGAUUUUCCUACGUAAAUUGCGGGUAGAUGGUGUGUGCAUAUGAUGGUGACUUCGACAUUGGGGUCUGAUAAGUCGCUGUUACCUGCUACAUUAUGCGUGUGUGGCUGUGUGUAUGUAUGUAUGUGUGUGUGUGUUUGUGCGUGCGUGUGCGUGUGUGCAUAGAGGAGAAACAAUGACUGCUGCAGAUGUUUCGAACGCCUGGACUACUAAGCACUGGAGUGUAUACCCGUAUGCGUGUGUGCGUGUGUGUUCUGGGUUGUGUACUCGAAAUGAAUAGAAUGAUUAAUCAUCUGGCUCUCGUUUUCUGUUGAUCAUUUUCACAGCAUUGGAACGCGAACCAUGUUAUUCUGUACACGUUAAUAUAUUAAGACAAAGCGAUAGCAGUGUUUAGGAAACAAGAAGCAUACAACAUACUCUUCUCAAACACAAUAUCACAUUUCCCAACACAGACUCACUCACAUACGCACACUCAAAACCAAAUUCAUCCAUGGUGACCUCACACGCUGAAAACCCCACAAACUCACAAAAAUAUCAAAUAAUUUACUAUCUGUACGUUCUAUGCCUAGCGGUCACGGAGCACUCUGUUGCAGUGUGUUUGUGUGUGUGCGUGUGUGUGUGUGUGCGCGACGUAAUCGCCAUGCAUCGGUAGAGGACAGUUAUUUCAGCUACUUUCACAUCCAGGCCACACCACAAAGCACCUUAUAAUAAUAGAAUCUGCAACAGAUAAAGCAAAUUCUGCAUACUGCUGAUCCAUAGACCCCCUCCCCCCCAUUGUGGGCAUGUUGGAGAAGAGAAAAAAGCCACAUUCGAUAGACACUAAUAUCUAGCCUGACCCGAAUGAAAUAGCGACAGGGGUGCGACAUAUGAUGAUUUGCUUCUGCGUUUUGUUCUCUACCAGAAAUCAAUCACUUAGAGAAACGUAAUAUGUUUAGUGAUAACGCCGCAUAGAUAACGGUUGUUUGGCCCAAGUCUACAGAUGCGUCGUCUCCCGUCGUAGAUAACAUAGAUUGGAUACAAGAGCAUACAGCUCUGUUGAGAUAUAAAAUGUUUAACCGUUGCUCAGGCAUUGCAUAAUGCGACCGUCAGGGACUCCCUUUGUUUUGGAGUUAUGAUGCAAACGAUUUUGAUUUGAAUAACGUACAGCUACACGCAUACGGACGACCCGCAUAAUAGUCAAAUCCAAUGUAUUGUUUUUGUUGUUCUUUUAAAACAUCUUAGUAUGCCAUCGUUCCACAUACCCACGGGAAAGCCCUUCUUCAACUAGAGAGCAUACAGUGUGAGCCUAGGUAAUUACAAAGCUCUUACCUUCAUACGCGCUCCGCAUACAUUCUACGCUUUGUGUGGAUGACGCCUUGACAUAGGCGCCGUGUGUAAGAGAAAAAAGGAAUAAGCAAGAAAUGCCUAGCAGCAGAGGUGUUAAACAUGAGAAGCAAGCAAGUAGGAAGUAAUUAACAUGUUGUUAGCCAACCAGCGAUUAAUUAAUCAGCUAAUAAUUAAACUAUAGUACUGUACUUGGUCAAGCGAAGAAGCAAUGGAAUAUAAAAUGGAUGGAUUCAUCAAUAAAAACACAAAGGAAAAUGACAAAUGGAGUACUCGGUACAGUACAUUCAUCCUCCUAAAGAGAAAAAUUGGGAGAGAAAGGGAGUCUUUUCAAAACACACAUGCCUGAUUUUUCACUGACUUAGCCACCUUCCACUAUCUUCGGAGGCUGUGAUUGGUCACUAAACGAUAUUUUUUUUGUUUUUUACACAUCUAAGAACGGGGCGAGCCUUAUGUUUGACUAAACAAUAUUUGGAUGUGAUGCAUGCCGUGGAGUGCACUAGAAAGGACAUCUGGAGGAAUCCAUACUUUGCAUUUGCUUGUCGUUUCUGUCUUGGUUUUAAGGAUGACUGUUUUGAACAUUCGAAUUUUUGGAAACACGUUAAAUAUGCUCCCUCCCCCUGCCCCAAACCGUAUUUUCAUUUAUAUUCGCAUCACGGUUUUGAAUUUGUAUGUGUGUAGUUAAUAUGGAAACUCUUGAUCGCAGGACCUCUAUUUCAUCACGUGGGCGUCUAUCGUUUUUGCCCAAGUGCAUCGGAGACGGCAAGUGGCAAAGUUACUAUGAUUUUGUUGUUUUAAUGUUUACUAGACGUCAAUCUUCAGCAAUCUUCAGCAAGCCCUUUGCCUACGAUGACAUUGAACUCCACUUUUUGUUGAAAGAUAUCGACGGUGUCGCGCUGCUAUACACAAGUACCAACAAUUGAUUAUCAUCAAAUACGCCAGUCACAACGCAUGCCACAUUUUAUGGACAACAUAUAUUGCCGGGUCUGUGUGAAUUCGGAGUGUUUAGGGUGGCAUAGUUUUGCUAUGAAGCACUAUGAUGAUUAAGCCAGCGUAAGUGGUAACCGUAGAGAGUGUUCAGCGUAACCCUAUUUAGCAAAUCAUAUACACAUACGCACACACAGACACACACACACACACAUACGCAAUCACCCACCUGCACUGGUGUAUAGCCUGAAUUAAUGAAGAAAAAAGCUAAAACUCUGCGAAGCAGAUAACUUAGGUAAGAAAAUAUAAACAAAAAUGCACCUGAAGGCAAAUCCUCGAAGCCAAUGCAUCGUCUAUAAGCUGCUGCGAAGUAUCUGUUGAUCGUGUAGUGUGACUUGCUCGUGCAGUAGGGAACCAUGCACACGCACCGACGCACAUACAGCUAGACACACACACACACACAAACACACAUACAGCAUUAGUCGCCAUUACAGAGUUGUCGGAUCGUCUUCGAAAUGCGAAACAAAAUCCUAAAAUAAAACAAAACAAAAAAAGGAAUGUGGCAGUUAUAGCUUUGUUGUGAAAUUACGAUAAGAGAUAAAUAUGCAAAAUUGUAAAAAGGGGAAAGUAAGAAGAAUAAACACCGGCAUUAACCGAUAGAAAGCGUAAAAUACAAUACCGAAAGCGAAGCCGUAAGACAGAGUCGCAAUGUAAAUGUAAGAAGCGGCAUAGGCAGGCAUCAGGUUAGAAUUUUAGUUUCUUUUUGUAAUCCAGCAAAACUGAAUGGCUCAUAUACUGCGAAACGAUGCGAGUGGAAAUGUGCCGAAUUGCUGAGGCAGUGCUUAAUCUUUUGCAAAAUUAAAUUAAGCCGAAUAAUAUAGGACACCUUUCCCUUGAAAUUAUCACCGUCCCUCAAAGCAUCAUUGAAUUCCUGACUCAAACCAUCAUUAAAAAUAAAUACAUACGCAUCAACACUCACACACUCACACGUACGACUAAAAUACAUACAAAAACACACGCAAAAUGCAAUGGUAGAAUAUGUAACUUAUCCACAGCGUCGUCAUCCUGCCCGUCGUCGUCGUCGUCUUCGUCGUCGUAUCAUUCAGAUAAGCCAACUCCCGCAGCACAGAAAGAAAAAAGAAGCAACUCACCGUGUGUGUCAAGUGCAUGCAUGCAUCAAGGUCAAGGAUUGGAAGAAUCCAUAAUGUAGUCUGCUAGUAGCGUACCUUGGGCUACCUAGUAGUAAAGAAUGCUGUGCUGAUGAUAAAAAAGUAGUGAAACAAAAACAUACAGAUACAGCAUAAAGGGCCAUGAUGCAACAUGUUAAUGUAAAACUAACUAGUGGCAACGUGCGAAGGAAUGCGAAACAAAAGCAACGUUAGACAGGAAACAAAUAGAAUGCAAACACAUUAACACAGAAACACACACACACACACACACACAUACACACACGCACACCGACAGCUACACGUACAUAACGCCGUCACAGGAAUGUGUUAUAGAUUCUGCUGUCUGUGAGCAGUAGUGAGAAGAACGAAGAAGAAGAAGAAAAUAUAUACAAAACACAAGAAUAAGCUGACACAAGAAAAGUGGAUAAUAGAGAGGGUAAAAAGUAUGAUCAUAAGAAAGCAGUGACCGUGUAUCCAGUGAGACGGAAAUUAGGCAGAGAAGCAAGCGAUAUCCUGAAAAGAGUAACCACAAUGAUGCAACUUCACUUGAACGGAAGAAAGAAGGAAGGAUAGAAGAGAGAGAAAAAGGUGGGAUGAACAAUGCAAACCAAACAAAUUAAAAAUCAUCUCAGAAGUGUAUAUGAUACUACGAAUCCUCCCCAGGGACAUGCAGAGUGCGAAUAUGCCGAGUGUGAAGGCAGUUAUGGUCCGGGGCGUACUUCUGUGUCGCGUAAGAGACAUGUAAAGAAUACAUUGCAUGUAAAGAAAAAUCUGCAGACACUUCUGUAAUACCAACGGAGUGCAGAUUGGAAAAAAAGUAAGAGUAAAUAACAAUAGAGAGAGAACAAGCGCGAGACAAGAAUCGAAGAUAAGGAUAAGCGUGCGAACUGGAAAGUGAGAGGGAAGGAAAGGACUUAUUCCGCUGAUAUGGACAAGGGGCUGGAGAAUGAAAAGCAACAACGGAAAACGCAAAAAGAGGAAAAAAACAAAUAAAAUGUUAGUAAAACUAAAGUGUUUAAAAAAGUAAUGAAGAAUAAUAUUAUAUAAUUAUUAAAAACAAACAAAAAAAACUAUAUAAGGAAAUAAAAUUAUAU